CUAGUUGCGCCGUCUGAUAAGUCAGCUUUAUCGCUGGAUGGACACCUCUCACCUGGAUAAAGAUGCUAGUUGACACGGACAGAUAGGAUGAUAGACUAGAUGCAUCCCAAAGCCUCAAAAACAUGCGAUAUUGGGGCAUACAAGACGGAAAAGAAGUCAUUCGUCACGUGGUGUCUUCCUUGGGGGUUCUUGGCUUUUAGAUUUAGGGCUAGUGCGGUGUUGUGGCCGGUGGUAGCCGCCGCUGAUGGGUGCAUUACGACUUUUCAAAUUCCAGCCUCUCAUUACCCUUAUCAGCCUCGACGCAUACUUCGUAGUCCAAGUGGAGACUUCCGACCGUCUUCAGGUCCCAUGAAGCUCGGCCACCUCCACGGUCCACCGGAGAAUUCAUCGUCACUCUACAGGCAGCAGGCCGCCCUGUUCCUAAGAACGACAGACGGUAUUCUCAUCUCGGAUUGGUCCGUCAGCACGACGGUCAAUGUCGAUGAACAUGGAUAUGAGCAGCAUGCUUCGCCUUGGCUUACCAGAGAUAACAGUGCUUGCCAGAAGUUAUUGAGGCAUACGUCUCCGGGAACGCUUAGAUCGCGGAAUCUUUUUUUUGUGUUUGCUGGGUAUUUAUGGAGCAUGGCACACAGGGGCUAUUUUCGGCGCGGUUCCGUUGUCAGCAGGGUCUCGCGAGCGACCCACUUGAGUUCACAAAAGCUGAAGACGAAGCAAUUAUGGAGAAAACUUUCUGCUUGAUAUACGCAGCACUAUAAGUCUGUCCAACCUUAGUCCAGAACCGACUGCAUUUGACCAGUCGACUGUCAAGCUUCCAAACAUGGUUGUCGUAGAAUAACACUGAUGCAAAUGACAAAAUGCCACCCUUUUACCAAAUUCGCAC